AUGGCAGACAGAUCAUCACUUUGUUCUCAUAACGCAACUUCUCAUCAUCGUCAGAACAAAUCCACUCUUGGGGAAAAUAAAAACACAUCGUGUUCAUUUUCCAUUGAAAGCAUUUUGGGGUUAGAGCGGAAAAAAGAUGGUGCUUCAUCUGUAAAGCCUCACAGGCCGUGGGUGGAUAAAUGCAAUGAUUUAGGAGAGGACUGUAACCCCUGUCUGUGUGUCCCUGCCAUUUCCUAUGCAAUCCCAUUGUACAAUGCAAGCAGUUACCCAGAGGCAGAAGAAAGAGUUCUGAAAUGUGAAAACUAUUUUGCAGUCAAUGAAAGGCUUUCUUACAAAAGGGAAUUGAGUUGGUACAGAGGUAGGAGGCCAAGGACUGCAUUCACUCGAAACCAGAUUGAAGUACUAGAAAAUGUGUUUAGAGUCAACUCUUAUCCUGGCAUUGAUGUUAGAGAAGAACUAGCUAAAAAAAUAGAUUUAGAUGAAGACCGGAUCCAGAUCUGGUUCCAGAAUCGCCGGGCAAAGCAGAAGAGAUCCCACAGAGAAUCUCAGUUUUUAAUGGUGAAAAACACUUUUACUCAAACAAUGAUAAAAUAA